CAGGGGCAGACUGACAACUCAUGGGGCCCCGGGCAAUAGGGGAUCAUGGGGCCCCUGUGUCCUUGCCCAAACUCAAAAAAGCCUAUGAAAAAGGUACCAGGGGCAUUUCAUGGGGCCCCCUACUGACCCCGCGCCAUCGGGCAGUGCCCGAGUUUCCAAAUGGUCAGUCCACCCCUGCUGGGGCCAUAAUUGGCCACAUUGGAGGAUUUUUCCCAAAUACUCAAAAAUGCAAUGCAAAUCAUUUAUAUGCAAUAUGCAUCCUAUUUACUUGACUUGUAAUAAAAAAUACUAUAACAUUUUAUUUUAUAUUUCUGAAA